AUGAAGAGCUUUUCCAAGCGUGAGGCCGACAGGAGGACAUUCCUAGAGCAGGUUCGAGAAAGCAAGGAGAAUGGCUACCUCCUCUCUUCCAAGAAGAUAGGCUCAGGAGCUUUCUCUAAAGUCUACCUGGGUUACGCCACCCAAGAAAAAAUGAUGCAGAACUACAAGCUGGCCUCAGACCUCAGGAGCAAGCGCCACUCCAUGGUUGCUAUAAAAAUCAUCUCAACUGCAGAAGCACCUGUAGAAUAUACCAAAAAGUUCCUCCCAAGAGAAAUCUACUCCCUCAAUGUUACCUACAAGCACCUAAAUGUGAUCCAGCUCUAUGAGAUGUACCGGAACAGCAAGCGCACUUACUUGGUCCUGGAGCUUGCCUCCCGUGGGGAUCUACUGGAGCACAUCAACGCCACAUCUGACAGGAGGGAGUUUCCUGGGCUGGAGGAAGAGGAGGCACGGAGGCUUUUCCGUCAGAUUGUCAGUGCUGUGGCACACUGUCACAAUGUCGGCAUUGUGCACAGAGAUUUGAAAUGUGAGAACAUUUUACUGGAUGAACGUGGCUUCAUUAAGCUGACUGAUUUUGGAUUUGCCAAUCGCUAUUCCCUGAAGAACUCCCUAAUGAGCACGUUCUGUGGCUCCGUGGCCUACACUGCCCCCGAGAUCCUCAUGAGCAAGAAGUACAAUGGGGAGCUGGCUGACCUAUGGAGCCUUGGGGUGAUCCUCUACGCCAUGGUGACAGGGAAGCUCCCCUUCAAGGAGCGCCAGCCACAUAAGAUGAUCCACGUGAUCAAGCAGGGCCUGGCCUUCCGGCAGCCCAUCUCUCCAGAGUGUCAGAACCUCAUUGAGGGCUUGCUCCAGCUGAAGCCAGCAGCCCGGCUCGGCCUGCAGCAGGUGGCCACGCACCGAUGGAUGUUGCCUGCCACGUCAGCCAUCUUCCACCGGGUGAUGAGCUCUAUGGGAGUCCAUCCAGAGUGCAACAUGAGCCAAGAAAAACCACAAGUGGCACAAGCCGAAAGCGGAAGCGCCACUUCGCAACUCCCCGGCCUGGAGAGCACAGCCAAGACUCCCGAAGCGCCUGCCAAGGAGGGUAAAGCGCUGCCCACGCCCCGCGCAGCCUCUGCCACAGGGGCUUUCCCCAGCAGGGCCACCAAGGCCACGGAAAAGAAGAGCCCCGAGGUGACGGCCACCAACUGCAUCCUCCAACUCCCGUCCCCUCGGAAGACAGAGCGGCCCCCGCGACUCUCCUUGUACCGCCCCAGCCUGCUGACUACCCUGCAGCCCUUCCACCACCUGCCCAACUUCCGCAAGCCCGGCUCCGGCUUCUCCACCAGCGCCUACGUGGCCAGCAAGCGGCUCGGGGAAAAGGUCCCGGCCCGGGCGGCAGCCCUGGGCAGCGGCUCGUCCAGCCUCUCCAAGCAAGUGCACUCCCUCUACACUAUGACUCCGUGCCCGUGA